AUGCUCCCCACGCCUCCAGCCCUAGUGGUCCCGGGAGGGGAAGCUAGGGUCGGUGAAGGUGCUCCGUUGCAGUCCCCGGCCAGGCCUUCGACCCAGCCGGUGCCAUCUGCACUAGAGGUGGUGAUUGAGCUCUCUAUUGAGGAUGAGCUAAAAGACCCAACCCUACCGGCAAGUACUGCUCCUGCUGCCCCAAUCAUCUCCACCGCCAAUGUCGCCUGUGCCACCUCUGCCCUCCUUGACUUCCCCGGCCUCUCAACUCCUUGCACCGGUGGCUCGCUGGACACAAGCCAUGAUGAGGAGAUCACAAGGAAGCUCUUUGUCGAGCUGAAUUGUGAGGCUAUUGGCAUCCCAGGGGAUAGCGGCCUAGUGAUCCUCAGCAGUGACUGCAAGGAAGAAAUCAUCGAGGAGGAGGAGGUCGAUGAGGAGGAGAAGAAGGAUGAGGUGAAGGACAAACCCACAGGCAGCGGGUCACCGUCGAGGAGGUAG